AUAGAGGGUGCACAGUCCAGCAGCUGAAUCAUGAAUAGGGUGCUUUAUUCGCUAAUGAUGGGCGGUAUCUACCACUGACUAGUUGCCAAUUGCACAAAAGAAUCAAAGGGAGUGUUUAACUGCCCUAUCACUGUUUAGAAAAGGAGAGCAAGAGAUAAUGGACUCGCACACAGAAUAUACUGAGAGCCAAAGUGCUGAGGAUCCCGAUGCACCACAGUACAGAGUGAGCUAUCCCAAAGGGAGAAACACAAAACAAGUGGAUGAUGACGCAAAUGAAGACUUCAACAAAAAGAGAUACCCGGUUAGUCGCUCUGCGAACAACCCAGGCAGAGUGAAGCGGGUAGUAUCAUGUAAAAGGAAGACUCAUCAUUUGACUGUGGCUCGGAGGAAGCAGCUUGGGUCCGGGAGGACUUGUGAUGCCGCAAACAAAGAAAACAAGACGAACACACAGGAGGAUAUUUUCAAUAUGGACUCUUGGGAGUUCCCACUUCAUGUCACUAAUAACCACAGGACUAGUAGAAGUGAAUCUGAAGAGGCUGAGUACUGUGCACUGACUGAGCUCACAAGGGAUCAUAACACAAUGACUGAUGUGCUUUUUGGACGAAAUCUAAGACUGAAAGUGGCUUUAACAUUGUGGCAGAGAAAUGUUGGAGAGUUGUUGACAUACUUUCUGAGAAUCCAAGACACUGGGGUGUUUGUUGACUUUCUCCCCCUCAUAAGCAAAUGCAUUGAUGAGGAUUCUCCAAAGAUAACUAUUGGCUGUUGUGUCGACCUUUUUCCUUUAGUUAGCAAAAUCCUCAGGAGUCCAUAUGAAGAGCAUCUUAUUGUUGGCUUAAAGUGGAUACAUUCAGUUUUAAAACACUGGUGGGAGGAUCUGAAAGCAAGCAGCUUCAGCGGAUCAACAAAUCCUCUGUUGGAUGAAAACUUUAAAGUCUUUAAUCAGCAGUUAUGGGAGUUUUGGCAACAGGAACCUUUCUUGAAGUCUGUUCCAGGGCCUGCAGGAGACAUGGCAAAGGCCAUCGAGUCCGUCAUUUCUCAACUCACUUGACAGCACUGAAGAUCCAGAACACGUCGCUGAAAGUGUUAUUUAUAGCUGCCAUUGUUUGCAGUGAGUGGUUCUUACUGUGGGGCUGGAUGUAUUUGCAGAGCAACUUAAGCAUUAAUUAAAGAACUGAGCAAUGGGCACAACAGCAAUGCAAUGGUGUGACGAGGUUGAUUUGCAUAACUGUCUCUCUGGUGGCAAAGUAGUAAAUAAUUGUCCAGCUUUUCAUAGAACUUGAAGAUUUUGAUCAAUGUAAGAAUGAAUGAUUUCUGUUUCUUGUAUCUGUUCUUAAGUCAAUGAUUAAUACAUUUUGUAAUUUGUGAUUGAUAUUGUAAUAAUAUGUUACAAAAAAUAAACAUGCUUCC